AUGCGUGCCUCUCACUUUGCUGCCGCCCUCGUCGGCGCCUUCGCUGCGCCUGGCCUGGCAUGGAACACUGAUAUCCACCAGCAGAUUGGCUUCGCGGCCGAAAAGUUCCUCUCGCCGGCAGCCAAGGCCAUCCUCAGCGAGAUCCUCGAGCCCGAGUCGGGCGCCAGCCUCGGCCGCAUUGGCGCGUGGGCCGACGCGCACCGCGGCACGCCCGAGGGCCGGCACACGACGACGUGGCACUGGAUCAACCCGGCCGACCAGCCGCCGAGCUUCUGCAACGUGCACUACAACCGCGACUGCACGUCGGGCGGCUGCAUCGUCAGCGCGCUCGCCAACGAGACGCAGAUUCUCAAGUCGUGCAUCCGCUCCGUCAAGGACGGCAAGCUCGUCGGCGGCGCCAACGCCACGUGCGCCAACGCCGCCAAGUUCAUCACCCACUUCAUCAUGGACAUUGCGCAGCCCAUGCACGUCACGGGCAUUGCGCGCGGCGGCAACGACAUUCCCGUCGUCUUUGGCGGCGUCACGACCAACCUGCACGCCAUCUGGGACGGCCGCAUCGUCUACUCGCUCGCCGGCAACGUCACGGGCUUCCCCAACACGACGAUCCAGCCCUUCUUCAGCGACAUGGUCGACCGCAUCCGCGCCGACACGUACUUUGUGCCGACGCGCGACUGGCUCAGCUGCACCGACCCGUCGACGCCGCUCGCCUGCCCGCUCGAGUGGGCGCGCGACGCCAACCAGUGGAACUGCGACUACGCCUUCAGCCAGAACACCAACGCCUCGGACCUGCGCACGAGCGGCUACGCCGAGGGCGCCUGGCCCAUUGCCGAGUUGCAGAUCGCCAAGGCCGUGCUCCGCAUCGCCACGUGGUUCAACAAGCUCGCCGACUGCAACUUCAAGGACCGCGAGGUCGUCCUCGACCCCUGGCCCAUGAAGGCCUGGCUCGGCGGGCCCAACGCUGGCAACUAG